CAGCCUGAUCAGAAUUUCAAUUCAUUUUAUUGGAAUCAAAUUAAAUUGGAUUGAAUUAAUCUCGUGAAUUGUCAAUUUAAAGCGGAAGUAAACAUUUUAUAAGUGAACUGAAACAUGUCAAGAGGAAUACAGAAUUGCUACAGUAACAUUUUUUAACAAUAAAAAAAUGAAUGAAUUAGACCUUCAUUUUGAAAGACUGUUAGGCGAGGGUUCCUAUGGGAAGGUGUUCUUGGUAAAGCAAGAUAACGGAGACCAGUUUGCAGUAAAGGAGAUAGACUUGACCAAAUGUGACGAUGCGGGCAGAGAUCAGGCUCAUGGCGAGGCUCAUCUUCUGUCUCGUCUCAAACACGCAAACAUCCUCAUGUACGUGGAGUCAGUCAUCUGUGAUGAGAGUCUCUUCAUUGUGACUGAGUUCUGUGAGGGUGGCGACUUGGAGGAUUACCUUCAGUUGAACAAGAAGCUCAACCAGUCCGUACCGGAACCAGUGGUAUCUGACUGGAUCUUGCAGCUCGGCAGUGCUCUAAAGUAUAUGCAUGAUCAGAAGAUCCUGCAUCGGGACAUGAAAACAAAAAACAUAUUCCUCAAGGAGAACUUGUCAGUCAAACUUGGUGACCUUGGCAUUGCUAAGGUGCUUGAUCUGAAUCAGAGUAAAGCAGACACCUUCAUUGGAACCCCGUCCUACAUGAGCCCUGAACUGUUCAUGGGCAAGUCCUACAACCACAAGACUGACAUCUGGGGUCUUGGUUGCUGCGUGUAUGAAAUGAUGACCUUGAAGAGGGCAUUUCAAGGUCGCGCUCUCUGGACUCUUAUUCGGGAAAUCAAGAACGGCAAAGUCCUUGAGACCCCUGACUCGUAUAGUCUUGAGAUUCGCAUGCUCGUUCAAGAGAUGAUGGCACAGAAUCCGGAAGAAAGGCCAAGCGCAAAAGACAUUGUCAAUAACGACCUGCUGGGAUAUCACAGGGGUUCUUCAAUAAAGCUUGCCAAGUCUUUACCCCACCCAAACCAGAAAACGGAUGAAAGUGCAAAGAAACCACCGCCGUCUGGUUCAAAAUCAGGGUCACUGAAAAACGCACUCCAAGAGAUGAACAAGUCCCAGGAAGCAAAGUUUCGCAAUACGAUCGAGAGCGUGUGCGAGAAAAUCAACACUCUGCGGUUGAACCAGCAAAAUACUGGUACGGGUACCGCUCAAGACUUUAAUACUUUUGUGUGUAAGGAAGGUGGAAGUGAUAGUGAAGAGGAAUUGGAGGCACCUGGGACCAUUCUGGAUAGCAGUCUGUUACAGCAUUAUGCGGAAGAGCUUGAAACGUUCGUCUUAAAGGGAAAUGAAACAGGAGAUACGAAGGAUCUAAACUCUGACAAGAAGGUGAAGACAGAAAUUAAUAAUAUUGAUAAUGAUGAUGAAGAUGAUGAUGAUGAAGAGGGUAGUAGAACUUUACUGAGACAGUACUCUGAGACUUUAGAUGAUAAUGAGGCUGAUGAAGAAAAUGAAAGUUCUGAUGUUGUUAUGACAAUCAAAGGCCCACAAGUUGUCAUAACUGGUUCUCAGAACUCACCACAGAAUUUGAAGGAAGUCGAAGAUGAGUUUAAUGAAAUGACAUUGGUUGAGGUGAGUAAAUAUAAGUACAAAGGAUUGCAAGACACUUUUGCUCUACGCCCAGACAAACGGUGGAAAAGACCUAAAAGUGACCCAUAUGAUUGGUUUUCUCCUGGUAAAGAAACUGAAGGUGCUGCAGCUCAAGGUGUUGCAAAAAACAGUCAUACAAAUGUCAGCAGACAUGAAACUCCACCAAAAUCAGCUCAAAACAUUAAAGCCGCAUCAUUUUCAAGUACAACUGAAUUUAACAGCUCAAAAACAACAGAUCCACGAUUGUUACGAACUUUAGAGGGAACAGGAUCCAAGACUCGCCAUAAGGUGCCAGUGGCGGACAGGAUACAACAAUCUGCCAAGGACAAAAAUAGCUAUUUUUCGUUCACUGCCAGUGAUUUGCUGCUAUCGACACCCAAACAAGCAUUCACGCAAACUGUAGAUGAGGACUUGAAUAUUCCUGAAGUAAUGAGACAUCUUAAAGAUAACUUGUCACCUAGUUCUUCGGUUGAUUCACGUUCAGAAACAAUUCGGCCUGCAAAACCUGAAAUGUCACUAGAAGAUCAGGGACCUGGCUCAAGUAAAGCUAAGAAGAAGAAAGAGAGCUACCUCAAGAAGCAAAGUGAAGCAAAACGCAAGAACUCAGAUGUGUCAGACUCAGGAGAUGUCAGUUCAAGUUUAAACAACAAUGACAUAAAACUGUUCACUCGUGCACAGGCAGCAAAGUUUUCCAAGUUACUUGAUGCAGAAAGCCCCGUCUUAGUUGAGAAUGGGAAUUAUUCCAUACAAGAUAUUAUCAAUGAGAUACAAACAGGGAGCUGUGAUACAUUGAACAUAGAGCAUUUAUUUUUUGUACAACAGUAA